AUGUCAGGCGAAGCCAAGGACGACCACACCAAUGACACGGAGAAGAUGGGGGAAUCUGACUCGGACAGCUCCUCCAUGCACUCUCUCCCCGUUCCUAUUGUGACGCCUCAGCCGGAUCUCGAGAAGACGACGACCAAAACUUCGCACCGAACCUCGAGAAGUGGCCGCUCCAACCAUGUCCCUACAACAGCGCAGGACUGGGAUGGCGAAGACGACCCAGACAAUCCAAUAAAUUGGCCCCUAUCCGUCAAAAUUUACCACACUGUGGUCCCUGCAUUGCAGUGCUUCACCAUUACUUUUGGCUCUUCGGUGUACACUCCCAGCGUUCCAGAGGUUGCUCGCCACUUUGGCGUUAGCACUACCGCUGCAUUAGUCCCUCUGACUGUCUACGUGAUGGGUCUAGGAUUCGGCCCAGUCCUCAGUGCUCCCCUCUCGGAAACCUACGGACGGCGCGCAGUGUACCUGACUUUCUUCCCGCCGUCUCUCCUCUUGUCCCUGGGCGCCGGGCUCUCGAAAUCAUUCGCAUCCCUCGUCAUCUGUCGCCUUUUCGCAGGUAUUCUGGGCUCGGGCUGUCUGGCCGUCGGAGCCGGCACCAAUUCCGACCUGUGGUCCCAUCUUCACCGAGCUGCUGCCAGUGCAGUGUUUCUGAUGGCGCCGUUCUUGGGCCCUGCUUUGGGACCUGCGUUGGGUGGGUACGUCAGUAUGAAGAGAGAUUGGCGUUGGACACAAUGGCUCAUCCUUUUCUGCGGUGUAAUCGCCUACGCCAUCUCACUUCCUGAGAGAGAAACAUACAAGAAAAUCAUCCUGAAGAAGCGAGCGCAGAAGCUUGGUCUCACGCCUCCGCCGAACCCGUUGCCCCCGGGCAUGUCGAAACUUCGAUUUAUUGUGGUCGUCACUGUUCUGAGGCCGCUGAGGAUGUUGUUCACCGAAUCCAUCGUCGCGUUCUUCAGCGCCUACACUGCCUUCAACUUCAGCGUCCUGUUUGGAUUCUUUGCUGCCUUCCCCCUCGUGUUCGAGUCACCGUACCCUGAAAUUCAGAUCUACCACUUCAACACAGGUGAAUCGGGCCUGGUCUUCUUGGGGAUUGGGCUGGGUGUCGUAUUGGCGACCUUCAUUUUCAUUUAUAUUGACCGCCUCAUAUACCGGAAGAAAACGCUUAAGAGAAGAUCACAGGGAGACUUCACACCUUUGGCCCCGGAGGAGAGACUUUGGGCUGCAAUGCUCGGCUCCUUUCUCUUGCCGCUCGGCCUCUUCUGGUUUGCAUGGACCGCCAAGAAGGAAAUACAUUGGAUCUCGCCAAUUAUUGCAACUGUUCCCUUUGGUAUUGGCAACCUGCUGGUGUUCUGCUCUUGCGUCCUGUAUCUUAUCGACACAUACGGCCCGUUGGCGGGUGCUAGUGCCGCGGCUGCAAAUGGAUUUCUGAGAUAUGUGAUUGGCGCGGUGUUCCCGCUAUUCACGGUUCAGAUGUAUCGCGGCAUGGGCGUCGCUUGGGCAACAAGCCUAUUCGGCUUCAUCACCAUCGCUUUGCUGCCUAUCCCUUGGAUCCUGUACAGAUAUGGUGCAAGGAUCCGACAACGCAGCGCGUACACGUUGGCGUCGUGA